CCAUAUGGUGCUAGAUUAGAUGUGGGAAAUAAGAAAUCUGUGCUGCUAGCUAAAACAUUUCCCAGCUGUCGCCAGCGACUGUAACGACCGGGAAAGACGCGCGGUCCCCGGCUACAGGAUCACAGAACCGCCGCUAGAUUCUCGACACUUUACGGAGGAAGUGUCGGUUCCUGCUGGUUCCUUUUUUCGGACGCAAUCCGACGAUCAUGUCCUAGUCUAAAUAGCUGAGGUGGAGGUCGAGGAUGGCCGCAGACGUGGAUAAAACAAUCCCCGAGGAUGAGAGCAAAAUUUCGCAGCAGACUGGGCAUCAGGGUCGUAGCUGUGGAUCCUGGAUCUACAGGGGGAUUUGGACUCUGCUUGUGGUCUGUGCUGUCCCUCUUCUCGCCUUUGGGAUCAAGUAUUACCAAGAUGCCCAGCUCCUCAAACGUCAUGAAGAGAGUGUUCGGACUCUGGGUGCCGAGGGCCUUUUUCUCUUCUCCUCCUUAGACACUGACCAUGACCUUUAUCUCAGCCCGGAGGAGUUCAAACCCAUCGCUGAGAAACUCACAGGAAUUACACCCCCGGUGGAUUUUGAGGAGGAGGUGACUCAUGACCCCAACGGAGAGACUUUAACCUUGGAGGCCAAAAUGCAGCCUCUCCUUCUUGACUCCAUGACAAAAAGCAAAGAUGGUUUCCUCGGGGUGUCCCACAGCUCCCUGAGUGGGCUGCGCUCAUGGAAGAGCCCGGCAGUGCCUUCUUCCUCUUACUCUGCCAGCCAGUUUCGGGCCUUCCUGCCCCCAAAGAACAAGGUAGAAGUGGGCGAUACGUGGUGGGUGAUUCCUAGCGAGCUCAACAUCUUUACUGGGUACCUGCCCAACAAUCGCUACCAUCCCCCCGCACCAAAGGGCAAAGAGGUUCUUAUCCACUCCUUGUUGAGUAUGUUUCACCCGCGGCCCUUCAUCAAAUCACGUUUUGCUCCUCAGGGCGCAGUCGCCUGUAUCCGUGCCAGCAACGACUUUUAUUAUGACAUUGUGUUCAGGAUUCAUGCAGAAUUCCAGCUCAAUGAUGUUCCAGACUUCCCCUUCUGGUUCACUCCGGGGAAGUUCAUAGGCAACAUUGUCCUCUCUAAAGAUGCGUCCCAUGUCCGCCACUUUCACCUCUACGUCCCCAAUGACAGGUCUCUGAAUGUGGACAUGGAGUGGCUGUACGGGGCCAGUGAGAGCAGCAACAUGGAGGUGGACAUCGGAUACCUGCCACAGUUAGAGCUGCAGUCCACGGGCCCGUCCACUCCCUCCAUCAUCAUGGAUGAGGAAGGCAACAUCAUCGACAGUCGAGAUGGCAGCAGCGAGCCGAUCCAGUUUGUCUUUGAGGACAUCCACUGGACAUCAGAGAUCAGUCAGCAAGAAGCCACCCGACGCCUGGAGGUCACCCUCUACCCCUUUAAGAAGGUGUCCUACCUGCCUUUUUCAGAAGCCUUUGAGCGAGCUGAAGCAGAGAAUAAACUGGUGCAUUCCAUUCUGCUUUGGGGAGCGUUAGACGAUCAGUCCUGCUGAGGUUCGGGGCGGACUCUCCGGGAGACAGUCCUGGAAAGUUCGCCCGUCCUGGCCCUGCUCAACCAGAGCUUCAUAAGCAGCUGGUCUCUGGUCAGAGAGCUGGAGAACAUGCAGGCUGAUGAACAAAAUCCUGUGUUGAGUGAAAAGGCCCGAUUACACCUGGAGAAGUACAACUUCCCUGUGGAGAUGAUGGUGGCACUGCCCAAUGGAACAAUUGUCCACCACAUCAACGCCAACUUCUUCCUGGACCAGACGGCCAUGAAGCCAGAGGAAGAAGGCGCGACGUUCAGCUUCUCUGGUGGGUUUGAGGACCCCUCCACAUCCACUUAUAUCAGCUUCCUUAAGGAGGGGUUGGAGAAAGCCCAGGAGUACCUGGCACAGUAAUUUGUGUGUGUUUGCAGUAGAGCCUGAGACUAAACAGGAGGAAACGAUCAUCGUUCCUCUGGGUAAUGAUCCAAGAUAAGGAAAAGCCUCCAAUUAUGUAGAGAAGCUUUCUCAUCAGUGUUGGCAGCUGAAAACUUAUGUCCUCUUUGUUACUAUUUAUUUAGGCGUCUCUCUUGGUCAGAAAGUUUUAUACACAAUAUUUGUAUUGUGACAAACAGCACAGGGAAAUAUUGCUUCUCAAACCGAAUGUUACUGUCACUAUAGUACGUUUUAACAAGAUACAAAGCAGUAACAGAUAUGUAAACACAUAAAGAUCUGCUCUCUCUGCUUGUAGCUGCUAUUACAAAAUGUAGACAGAUCAUAACACAAAGAAACAUCCAAUAUUUCUUUUUUAUAUCUCAAUGUCACAUGUGCAAUAUUAAACGAUUGAGUGCGUUUUCCUGCUGCUGAGUGUACCCAGAGACAGGGGCCGUGCAGCUGUUACCUUUAGUCGUGUUUCAGCAGUUUGUGAAGACAUUGCCUGAAAGCUCUCUGUGGGCCGGGCGACGCCUGAUGUCAUUGCCGAGGCUGCUGGAGGGAACACCCGUCUCUGACUCGGGACAAAAGCAGCAGGAAUAACGAAACUGGGCUGUGGCACAUACAACGUAUUAGUUCAGUUGUUUUCUUGUAACUUGAGUUUGAAACCAAAUGCUGAAUAUUUAGCGUAUGUUUUUGUUUUUGAGGAAGAUGUGACCACACCAAAGAACCUUGUUUUUAAUAUGGACAAGCUGGUUUGCAGCUAGAACAGUUGUAGAGGUUCAUAUUUAUGUUAUUCAAAAGAACCAAAUGUUGAACUGAGAGGCAUAUGGUACUGUGUACUGUUUUAUUCUUUUAGGCUCCAAUCUAAAGAAUGUAUUUACUUUUGUGUAUUUGUCUCUUCAAGAGGAAAUCCUUGAUUUUCUUUUUAGAAAAAAUAUAACAAUCUGGACCUACCCUUUACUAUAUUUUCACAAUAUGUUUCAAUUUCACCUUUUCCAGUCAUGUAACAAAAAUGUUGUGAUUUUACAUAGUAACAGGGAAAUCUGAUAAAUGUGAAUAACAUUAAAAGAGCUGCAUAUGACAUUCAGAGCGUAGCUGUGAUUCAGAGUCUGAUUCAGGUUGUCUCCACACGGCUCUCAACAUGGAGGUGGCUUAGCUGCCUAGCAGCAAAUGGUGCUAACAAUAGAGAACCGUAGUAAAGAGUCCUAAAAUCCAGAAAUAUGUCAGCUUUUCAGCACCUCUAGUUCCCUUGUCUUAAAGUCAAUGGGUUUUUUGAAUGGGUGUUUGUUUAAAAGCAACCAUUUACAAUACUUGCACGAUUGCAUUUAGGCCUCAUAAUCCUGAAAGUGAUGUUUUUUUAGAUUAUCCUGCUGAAGAAAUCGUGCAAGUGCUGUAAAUGUUUGUUUCCCACGAACUUACUUAAUGCAAUGAUCCAAAAUACAGUGGAAAAAUCACAUAGGCUUUUUGACGAAGGAACCAGGGCAACAUUAGCUUCCAGUUUGACCUACAGAAAAACGCCCUCCCAGGGGACUCUCUGAAACAUUUGAAUGCUGUCACUGACAUAAUGUCCUUUCCUUCUUUUUUAGUGUCCUUGCGCUAUAUACUGGGAAAUGCAAAUUCAUAAACUGGAGGGUGGGUGCUAUGCUUCAGAAGUGAAGACAUGGGUCGGGAUGGCGUUACUAGUGGUAACAGCCGUAAUAGCUAGCCAGUGAGAUACACACACAGGGCUUACAUGCACUAACAUGCACACGCAGCCAGACCAUUGACCAUAACAAAGAGCAGAGAAGCUCAGAUUAUAACACACACAGAGGGAGUGUGACUUCACUCUUCAGUCAGGAUGCCAUUACUUCACUCUGUCUUUACAUAGCAAAUAGUUGUUUGUGGCUAUAUUAAUUCUCUGAAUGUCAUAAACAGAAUCUUUAACUUUCAGGGCCAUACAAGGUCCACUUCAUAUGAAACAUCCGACUGAUUGGAGCCUUUUUGGGGAAAACAUAUGUUAUUCUGUAACCUACCAGUGCCAUUUUUUCCACAGAAGUGAAAUAAUAAAACCCUUUUUUAUACAA